AUGCACGGCAAGAGUGUGAUUCUCCACAGCUCCGGCAUUCUGUCUGCAGCUGAACUGGCCUGCCGGGUGUCUGAGAAGGAUGAGGCCCGGAAGGAAUCAUUCAAUGCUGAAUGGAAAGACUUGUCACUCACCUCAAGGCCUGAAGAAGGCUGCUCUCACUCUGAGGUGGACAGUCAGCACAAAGAAACCUAUCGACAACAACAGGAGGCUUGGGCCAUAAUUCAGCGAUCACCAUGGGGCAUCCUCCGUCUAGGUCUGCUGGGUGAGCCUCUGGUUUCUUACCAUCUGCCUUAUCAGCGAGCUCUGCCUUUGCCCAUCUUCACACCAAUCAAGCUAAGCACCAAGGCUGAACGGGAGCUGACACCAACUCCAUCAGAGUCAGUGGAGUCUCUGCCAGUCACAGGCAUCUGCCCUGACAAGACACCUGUGUUUGAGAUCACCAAAGAGUUGCCCCUUGUUGUCCAGCCCACCUGCCCCGACUUCAAAAAAGCUGGCCUGCACCGUUCACUGUCCCGCUCUAUGUCCCAGGAGGCCCAGAGAGGCUGA